AUGCUGUACCAGGCCCUCUCGAAAGGCAUUCCUGUGAAGGUAUCUGGUAUUCAUCCUGGUGAUCGCAACUUGACGCCGGAAUACUUCACCCACAAUCACGGCGAUACCAUUGUCACACUCACCAAUACGAAAACAGGCGUACAGCGCAAAGUUGCGUUGAAGAGCUUCAUGGAUGAAUUCGCCAAACCCCCGGAUCCCGAUAAUCCAGAGAAACUCCAGGUGCGUCAUCGUAUCGCCUCCAUUACAUCUACGACGCUGAACAGCGACGUGAAGGACUGGCCGCCAACGGCCGAUUUUUCUGUGAAGUUUCCCGAGAUAUUUGGGAUAUUCGAAGAUUGUCUCGUAGGGCCCUGGAUAACGUCGAGAAGAGGGCCGCUUAACCUUGAGACGAAUAUGCCGAUAGGCUCAUGCCCGCCGGAUACAGGACCGAAGGCCUAUCUUGCGCACGGCGCCGCUGGUGGGACCACAACGCGCCUUCAUACCGACAUGACUGACGCCACCAACAUAUUAUUCCACGAGGAGGAGGCGGAGGAGGGUGCUGAAGGAGGCGCGUUGUGGAUAAUGAUAGAUCGUGACGACAUGAGCCUCGCGGCAGACCUGCUAAGGACAUGGAAACACGGCUCCUUCGGCAAAGGCCACCCCAUUCAUUCUCAGCAGCUGAUCCUGACUGAACAGGAUGUUCAAGCCUUGAAGGACGCUGGUGUACGGGUCUGGACCCUCGUUCAAAAACAAGGAGACGCUGUUUUCAUACCGGCCGGAGUCGGCCACCAGGUUACUAACCUUACUCCGUGCAUCAAGAUCGCUGUCGACUUCGUAGUUCCAAGCAAUAUUGACUAUUCAGAUGGUAUAAGCGCGCAACUUCGCGAGCAUCGGCUGGCUUGCGAAGACCGUGACUCAGAAGACGUGCUUCAACUCGCAGCUAUGUGCUGGUGGACAUAUAAACGUUGGCAGGUCGAGAAUUUAGCCGAUACUCGCUCGGAUCCUGAAUCAGAACCCUGGACUUCGUCUUACUCUGCAGCACCGCUCUAUAUGCCUGUAAACAAGAAGAACUCAGGCGAUCCCGAUGAUCGUGGCAUGAUGGUCGAUAAUCCAGGUCCCGACGUCGGCGAGAUAGACAAGAACAGCUCAUGCGAUCCCGAUGACCGUGGCAUGAUGGUCGACAGUCCAGGUCCCGACGUCGCCGAGAUUCCCAUCUCACAGAACCCCAUAUCUGAUCCAUCACCGGAUAUCACACCUCUAGGUCCUGAACCGUCGAUGCCGUCGGCCCAGCACGAUGGCUCGACGGCACCGCUGAUUCCUUCGAAACGGCGCAUAUCCGAUGAACCGUUGUCAAGGACACAGAAGCGGCGCUUAAAGAAGGCAAGAUCGGUACAGGCCAAGUCUCUUCUAGAUGCAGCGAAGACGCUCGCGUGUCCACUCGGCGGAUGUAAGCGUGCGGCGCACAAAUUCAAGCGAGAGGAUCUUCUCAAUCAUCUAGAGAGCGCCCAUCGCGAACGUGUCGGCUUUUUGCACAGCGGCAAGCCGAACCUCGAUCUCGUGAACGAGCGCAAGAUGAUCCUCGGAAAACAUCCGCAGAACGACCCGGCUUUCGGGAAAUAUUUGUUAGACGAGAUCUUAAGCAAACAUGCGUAG